ACAUGCGUUAUUAAUGUUGCCUAGUACAACAGUAGCAAAAAUACAUUUUAAAUUCGCUGAUUCAUUUUUCGUAAUGGAUUCUUAAACAGUGUAAUAAAGUGAAAUUUAAAUAAUAUAAUUUAAUGAAACACACACAAAAUUUUGGAUCGUCCUAGAGUCCUUAUUCAAAUCAUAGUCUACUGCUGAAGAUGCCUUUUUAAAAAUGAUAUCAAUAUACGUCCAUCUAAUAAUUUUAAAUUACUUUUUUACAAAAAAAAAAAAACAACAACAACAAAAUAAAUCUCUACAGAUUUCAUUAAAAAUAAAUAUGUUUAACGAAUUUUAGGAUAAUUUAGAAUCAUUAAAAUCCGAAUGUGCGUUUACCGAAGUCUAUAAUUUAUCAGCUUCUAAUCCGUAUUAGAAUUUAAACACGAACCGACAUUAUCAAUUAUCCUCUAAUACAGUGGUUAUAAAAGACGUCUCAUUUAUAAAUACGAUUCAGUAAAUCGCAUGACUUGCUCGAGUAUGGAACUCAGACUUAUAUAACGUAUUGCGACGAAUAUUGCGACGUCUAUAUUAUCGUUUAACUUUAAGCAAUUUUAUUAUUUGGUUAUAAGAUUUAUUGUCAUCGUUAAAAUGAAAUUCAUACAAACAAUUUGUUUGCUAUUGAGCGUCAUUAAUCUUGGAUCGGUGUGCCGUGCAUACAGAAUUCUCGGCGUUUUUCCAUUUAACGCAAAAAGUCACAACAUUGUUUUUGAAGCACUGAUGAAAGGAUUGGCAAAACGUGGUCAUCAAGUCGACGUUGUCACGCAUUUUCCGCUAAAAAAUCCUGUGAAAAACUACAAUGAAAUUAUAAAUCUCGACGGAUCCUUGGAAAAUCUCGUGAACAACUUCACCAUUGAAUUCGUAUCUAAAAUCACAGGUGAUAUAGUAGAUUUAAUAGCCACAUCGUACGGCAAUAGAGUGUGCCAAAUCAUGGGCUUUGAAUCAAUGCAAAAGUUGAUAAAGAACCCGCCUACGAAUCCACCUUACGAUUUAGUGAUCACGGAGGCUUUUGGAGCUAAUUGUUACAUGGGUCUUGGCUACGUUUUCAAAGUACCGGUAGUCGCAGUAUCAUCAGCUGUCGAGUAUCCUUGGAUUAGCCACUUUAUCGGAAACGACGAUAACCCUGCUUACGUUCCAAACGCUUACUAUGUUAGUACUGGAAAGAUGAAUUUUUGGAAUCGACUUAAAAAUGCAGUUAUCAAUUUGAUUGAAACGCGCAAGUUCCACGUUCUCACUGAAGAUAGCCAAACGGAAUCAAUGAGAAAAUAUUUGAGCCCAGAUAUACCUAACAUUAGACAAGUAGAGAAGAAUGUGGCUUUAACACUUGUAAACAGUCAUCCAGUUUUAUUUGGUGUUAAACCUAUAACACCAGCAUUAGUACAAAUCGGAGGCUUGCAUAUAGAAGGCAAUGAUGAAAUUUUGCCUACUGAGUUAAAAAAAUGGAUGGAUGAUAGCAAGCAUGGAGUUGUCUACUUUACUCUAGGGUCAAUGGUGUUAAUAGAAACAUUACCCGAAGCGCAAAUAAAGGAAAUAUAUGCUUCGUUUAGAAAAAUAUCGCUGGUUCGAGUUUUAAUGAAAAUAGCUGACGCAUCUAAGCUACCGCCAGGAUUACCUGAUAAUGUCAAAGUAUUGCCCUGGAUUGCUCAACAACCUGUUCUUGCUCAUCCAAAUACAAAGGUAUUUAUUACACAUGGUGGACUUGGAGGAUUACAAGAGGCUUUAUACUUUGGCGUGCCAAUGAUUGGAAUACCAUUGUUUAGCGAUCAGUUUAGAAAUGUCGCAGCCUUUGUUGCUAAACAGAUGAUGAUCAAAAUUGACUUCAAUCAAUUUUCUGGAGAAUUGUUGGACUCAUCACUUCAAGCUCUGCUUCAUAAUUCCGUUUACAAAAAAAAAAGUAUGUAUUAUUCAAGACUUUUUCGAAGCCAACCAAUCAGCCCGAUGAACAAUGCAAUUUAUUGGAUCGAAUACGUUAUUCAAAAUGGUGAUGACUCUAUAAGAUCACCAGCCUUACAAUUUUUUUGGUGGCAAUUAGCACGACUCGACGUUUUUGGAUUCAUAUUUCUAGUUAUUAUUUCAAGUAUGAGUGUGAUUAUAAUAGGCAUUAGAUACGCUGUUAUAAAAGCUUUCAGAAUGUCUCAAAUUCGAGUUCCAGACAAGAAAAAGAUUCGGUGAUUAUUUUGCAUUUACGUGCCUAAAAUUACAUAAUGCUCAUUUUCAUAAUGUACUUCAAGAAAACAUCUACAAAAGUUUCAUUUAUGACAUUUACUGUUUAUAUUGCUACACAUAUCAAUUAUAUCUGACACAAUGCUGAUGGGUUAUCAAUGCCAGUUUUUCGACAGAGAUUGAAAGGAAGAAUAGUAAACGAUUAAAUGAAAAAAAAGAUUGAACAUUUUUAAUUGUUAUGAUUGAAUGUACAGUUUCAAAGCAUUUCUUACAAUACAUUAAAGAUAAAGUAUAUUGAACGCAUGUGAAUUCGUUCAGCUAAUAUAAAUCAGUUUAUGCUGAUCCUAAUGAGUUUUAUGUGCGAUGUAAUAUUUUAUUUUUGCAUAAAUUGUAAUUUUCGUCAAUGCCAAAUUUAUACUGUUUGUAUGCGAUCAAUAUAAUUUUUUCUAAUUAAUUAUCUGAUGAAUGUAAAUGUAACAGCAUUCAGCAUUUAAUAAACGACGGAGGCAGAACACGAAAAUGACGGAUAACUGAUUGGUUGCCUAGGCAACGUGAUCAGAACCGUGCUUUAAAUUCAUAACCCUCAAAAAAGUCAUAACUCAUAACCCUGGUAGAAAUGUUUGAGGUGUUUAAAAUGAAAUGUGGAAACCUUGAUAACAGAUAAAAUAUAUGUAAUAUAACUAGCAAGAAAUUUUAGUAAAAAUUAAUCAUUACCAAAAGUGUGUAGUAUUACAACAUGUGUAUUGAAAAGUGACACCCUAACCCUAUUUGAAGUAGUAAUAAAGUGUGUGAAUAUUAUUUAGUUUUUUUUUAAUGUCACUGAGUUAAAAGUUCAAUUAAAAGAAUAAAGAGUUUGAAGAUA